AUGAAUCAACUCCAAUAAGUGGAUUAUGAAAAAUCAAUAUUUAAAAUGACUUGUUUAAGAAAACAUCUUCUAAAAGAUAUCACAUACUUUUUAUUCUUAUUUAAAGACUACUUAAUUUUAACUUAAGUAAAGAGAUAAAUUUAUAUUUUAAGGAACUAAAUUCAUAAUAACCGAAAUAUGUUUUUAAGUUAAAUCUUGAUACAAAAGUAUAUUGGCAAUAAGAGAAAUAAAAUUAUUACUAAAUUGGAUUAGAAUAUAAAGGAGAAGUUAAAUAUUUUAAUGGUGAUUGUGAGGGAUUAAAAAAACUGAAGAUCUUGUUGAGAAAUAAAGUGAUAUAUCGUAAUGUGAAUGACUUCUAUAUACCAAUCAAAUAGUUAGGAAGAGGAGGUUCUUCAAGAGUAAAUGCAAUUUUUAGUUAUAGGUAUAUUUGGUGACAGAGAAAUGUACUAAUUAACAGUAUGCUUCUAAAAAUGUAGAAAAAAGAUAUUUGAAAGAAGAUGGAGGAUUUGUAAAUAUAUAAAUGAGCUUAGGAAGCUUUAUUUAAUGAAAUAAAUUUGAUGGCAACACUAAAUCAUGAAUACAUUGUGAAAUUAGAAGAAGUUUAUGAAGGAGAGAAUACAUUUUAUAUUAUCUUGGAAUAUUUGAAAGGGAAUUCACUUCAUGACAUGAUCACUAAAGGAAUUAUAUAAUUAGGAUGGGAUGAGAUAAAAUCUAUAAUGAUGGUAAUUUAAUCCAUAUAAUUAAAGUCUUUAUUAACUGCAGUUGUACAUAUGCAUUCUUUAAAUAUUAUGCAUCGAGAUUUGAAGCCUGAAAAUAUUAUGUUUAAGAAUUUAAAUGAUAUUUCUGGAUUAAGAAUUGUAGAUUUUGGAUUGGCAACAAGUACAACACCACCUAGUUAUCCAUUUCCUAAAUGUGGUACUCCAGGAUAUGUUGCUCCUGAAAUAGCAAAUUUAAAAGACCUUUCCAAAAAAUAUGACAAAAUUUGUGAUAUUUUUAGUGUAGGUUGCAUUUUUUAUAAAUUGUAAUUAUUCUAAAUAAUUCAAUUAGAAUUACUUCUAAAGAUUUAUUUCCUGGAAAUGACUAUCAUGAGAUCUUAAAAUUAAAUAAAAAGUGUAUGAUAAAUUUAGAUACAUUAAGUAUCUACUAAACACCUUAAUCAGCUAUAGAUUUAAUCUUUCAAAUGCUUUAAAUUGAUCCCAAAAAUCGUAUUACAGCAUAAUAAGCAUUGGAACAUUAAUUUUUUACAGAUCCAUAUUAAGAUAGAAAGCUGAAAUUUUAAUAAUAAAAAAAAUGUUUAAACAAUAAUUCAAAGCCUUGGCAAACUUUAACAUUUAAAUAAGAAAAGUCUGAUCGUUUAUAAAUACCUGAAAUAAAUCAAAAUGUAAAGUAAAAAGAUGAAGAGGAUAUUGAUAUUGAAGAUGAAAAAGCAACUAUUAAAAUACCACCAAUUAAUAGUCCUAGGUUUGUUUAAUAGGCAAAAAUAAAAAAUCUAGCUUUAGCAGAAGGUUCUCCUAAAGAAAUGCCUAAAAAAAGUGCUUUAAAAAAGUUUUCAACUUAAGAAUUUGAGCAUCUAACUCCAGAUACUUAAUCACCUGAUUCUGGUGGAAUGAACUUUAGCAAUAGCCCUAAAGUCAUUCAGGAAGCUGUUAUUAAGAAAAAUUUUACUUUUUCUAAAUAUAAUUAAUAAUAACAAGCUAUUGAUGAAGUUGAUGAUGAAUAAAAAUUGUGA